AUGCCGCGACCCGACCGCAACGCGCAAUGGGUGUCCACCCCGGCGCUACUGCGCCUCUCCGCCAGCGCGGCGGUCAUGAACGCCGUCGUGCCCCUCGCGCUGUGCCUGCAGGUGGCGCUCGCGGGCAAGAUGGCCGGGAGUUCGGUUCAGGCUGCGUUCGGGCUGGUCGUCGUCACCUGCGGCAUGGGCACGACCGUGUUCAACUUCCUCGUCGACGGCGUCGUCGCCAAGGUGGGCACCGCCAUCGGCGCGAGGCGAUGGGACGAGGCGCGCGGGAGGGUGCGCGCCGCCCUCGUCGCCGCGCUCCUGUGCGGCGGCACCGCGACCGCCGUCCUCCUCACCAUCCGGACGCCGCUCUUCGUCCUCUUCGGCGCCGACCGCGCGGUGACCGCGCGCGCCAGGGCGUACUACGCGUUCCGCGCGUCCGCGAUCCCCCUGCAGUGCGUCGCGAGCAGUACCAACGGGUGCCUGGGCGGCUACGGGCGCGUCCACGCCGCCACCGCGCUCGGCAUCGCCAGGGCCGCGGCGGAGGUCGUCGGCGUCGCCGCAGCCCUCGCGUCGGCCGACAAUGGGAGCGACGACGGCCGACGGGAGCGAGGCGCGAUGGUGGGCAUGGGCGUCGUGUACGCGGCGUGCGUCGCGAUGCACGCGGCCGUCGGCGUGACGCUGGUGGCGUGCCUGGUCCCUGACGGCGCGCGUUCGAGACUCGGGAUAUUCAGAGGGAUAUUCGGCGGGGCUUCGAGGAGAGAGGACGGCUAUCUCGAGGUCCCGGACGCCCCCGACGGCACCCUCGACGGCACCCUCGACGGCACCCUCGACGGCACCCCCGACGGCACUCCGUUCCUCACCGACCUCGCCGACUUUGCGAUGGACGGCGCGUCCAUGCUGAUCCGGUCGCUGUUACUGCAAGGGUCGUUCUUUUUCGCGAUGGUUUGCGCGAGUCGAAAGCUGGGCGCCACGGGUCUCGCCGCGCAUCACGCGGUGACGCAGCUGUGGAUGUGCAGCGCGUACCUGGUGGACGGGUUCGCGACGGCGGGGACGGUGGUUGGAUCCAGGCUCGUGGGAGCUGCGAUGGGGAACGAGUUAACCUCACCCGGUAGGGGCGGAAGAAGCGACGGGAGGACCGGGACCGACGCGAACGACGAAGCCCCCGGUGACUCACCGCCCGGUGACUCACCGGACGUUUCGUUCGAGGAUACGCUCGCGUCGCUGCGCUCGGUGUGCGCGCGUCUCCUGCUCCUGGCGGUGGUCGCCGGUGUCGCCAUCUGCCUCGGCUUCGUGUGGUGUCGCGCGACCCUCGUCCGAGCGUUCACGUCUGACGCCGCCGUCGCGUCCGCUCUCCUCGACGAAGAUCUUUGGCGUCUCCUCGCGUUUUCGCAGCCGCUCAACGCGGCGGUGUUCUGCCUCGACGGACUCGUGUACGCGUUCCAGGACUUUGGGUUCGUGCGCGAGGCGUUCGAGGUUGGGGUUGGGUACGUCUUCGCGCCGACGCUCGCGUGGGCGUACGGGAAAACACCCGCGACGCUCGCCGCGGUGUGGACCGCCAAGGUUGCGCUCAACUUGUGGAGGCUCGUCGCCUUAGGAGCCAGGAUCGCGGGUUGGUGCCUGACCCGCCGCGGUCUUCGAGCGGCGUGCGAGAGGCGGCGGGGGGGUGGCGGGACGGAGGACGGGGGCUGUGAGGAGGGACGGGGCGCGCGGGAGGGACAGGGGAGGGGGAGGGGGAGGGGGAGGGACCGGCGCCGCGGGAGACGCUCCGCGGACGUCGCCGAGGACUCGCCUCGGGGAUCUCUGCUGCGCGACUUCGACGAGUCCGCCGGGUUGGAGGAGGGAGUUGGGUCGCCCGCGACGUCGGCGGAGGGGUCGUUUCGCCACUGGCGGCUGCGCUCGCCCGAGGAGGGAGCGCGGUCGCCUUGAUGA